CUCAGAAUGGUGUGGAGCUGAGGGAAAAAGCCGUUAGUUUGUGGAGGAGAAACCGAGAGCGUCCAUGUCUCGUCCACUCAUGACAACACGCUGACAAAGUUGUUUGGCAGCAAUGUCGAGAGAAAACACCACCCGGAGUCUGGACAGUAUAGACCUCGCUGCGCUGAGAGACCCAGCGGGGAUCUUUGAGUUGGUGGAGGUAGUCGGCAAUGGAACCUACGGUCAAGUGUACAAGGGUCGUCAUGUCAAGACAGGCCAGCUGGCAGCUAUCAAAGUCAUGGAAGUCACAGAGGAGGAAGAAGAGGAGAUAAAGCUGGAAAUCAACAUGUUAAAGAGCUACUCUCACCACAGAAACAUUGCCACGUACUAUGGAGCUUUUAUUAGGAAAAGUCCUGCUGGACAGGACCACCAACUCUGGUUGGUGAUGGAGUACUGUGGAGCCGGCUCAGUAACCGACUUGGUUAAGAAGACGAAGGGAAACUGUCUGAAAGAGGAUUGGAUAGCUUACAUCUGCAGAGAGGUGCUCAGGGGUCUUUCCCAUCUUCACUCCCAUCAUGUGAUUCACAGAGACAUUAAGGGGCAAAAUGUUUUGCUCACAGAGAAUGCUGAAGUCAAACUGGUUGACUUUGGAGUGUCGGCUCAGCUGGACAAGACUAUUGGACGAAGGAACACCUUCAUUGGUACUCCUUACUGGAUGGCUCCUGAGGUCAUCGCCUGUGACGAGAACCCUGAUUCCACCUAUGACUACAGGAGUGACCUCUGGUCUUUAGGCAUCACCGCUUUAGAGAUGGCUGAAGGAGCCCCUCCUCUGUGUGACAUGCAUCCAAUGAGAGCACUGUUUCUAAUUCCAAGAAACCCUCCACCAAAACUUAAAUCAAAGAAAUGGUCAAAACGCUUCCUGUCAUUUGUUGAUAACUGUCUGGUCAAGAGCCACCUGCAUCGACCCACCACUGAGGCCCUGCUGAGACACGCCUUCAUCCGAGACCUGGCUAAUGAGAGACAAGUUCGCAUCAUGCUCAAAGAUCACCUGGACAGAACCAGGAAGAAGAGAGAGAAAGAGGGUCCAGAGUAUGAGUACAGUGGCAGUGAAGAGGAGGAUGACGAGGUAACAGAGGAGGAAGGAGAACCCAGCUCCAUAGUGAAUGUCCCUGGUGAAUGGACGUUGAGACGGGAGUUUCUUCGUUUACAGACAGAAGAUCAUGAAGGAGGCAGAGAAAGAGGUCGUGAAGGAAGUGCUGGUCAACAAAGACAGCAGGUGUUGCAGCAGCACAGACAGCAGCUGGCAGAGCAGGAACGAUACAAGCAGCAGUUGGUUGCUGACAGGCAGAAGAGGAUCCAGCAGCAGCAUGAGCAACGGCAGAAGUUAGAGGAUCAGCAGAGGCAGCAGCUGACAGACUGUGCCUUUCAGUGGGCAGAGCUUCAGGAAAUCUUGCUCGGGGAAGAAUCCGAUCUCCAUGACAACAAAAUCUUAUUGGAUGAGAGAAACAGGAGGAGUGACAGGAGGCCGGAUCAGGCGAGCAGAAAGCGAAGUGCCGAUGUGUCAGUAAGGCCUCUGGACUCCACAGGAGAGCAGAGAGCCGUGGCUCCAAACCAACUGCUUCAGACUAAGUCCCAGCCUCAGCUACAGCCACAGUCCAAGCCCCAGACUGUGGCCCAGCAUCAGCAGCCCUCAGCGGCCAGAAGAUCCCACCGCACCCUGCCCAAGGACCAAACCCAGCUCCUGUCGCUGCAGCACGACCACAGACACAGGGAGAGAGAGAGAGAAAGAGAGAGACAGAGGCAGAGAGAAAAGCCUGUGGCAGCUGUCCAGAAGCUAACAGCUAAAAGUGGGAGCACAGCAGCUGCUGCUGCUGCCGCUGCUGCUGCCGCCGCCGCUGCUGCUGCUGCUGCUGCUGCUUCCUCGCCCAGCCGCCCUGCAAACAGCCAGCGCUCAGCGAUGGACGUCCAAGAAUCAAACUUGGCCAGGCUGCUCUUGGCUGCUGGUCUUCCCAGCCAGGUGCACUCAAGGCUGGGCUCUGGGAGCAGCUCUAGUCCUUGUACGCCAGCCAUGCAGAGAGCUCAUCUCAGCCAGAAUGCCAAUCUGCGGUCUAGUCGAGACACCCCUCACAGCAGCUCUAUGUCAGAUAUGGCUCUUUCCCCCCUGUCCCCAUUCUCUCCCAUGUCCCUCAGUGAUGAUGUUUUCUGGGACCCGACUGGUGCACCUCCCAAAGUGCCAGAACGCACUACCUCCAAGUUCUACUGUAGAGAGUUGGUGAUGGGACACAAGAGGGCGGCUUCAAGUGGCGGUCCAGUGUCUGGCGCAGAUAAAGGAGGAAGGUCUGUAUUCCAGGGAGACUCCUCGAGCAGCAGCAGCAGCAGCAACCACCCAGGUUACUUCAAGCUGGAGAGUCCUCUUCUCCAUCACCGUCUACAGCAGCACAGAAACACACAAGAAAACAUAACCAGUGGACAUACACAAGCUGUCAAAUCUGGUCCCGUCCGCCUGAACAAAGCCACAGAAUACUCAUCUUCCAGUGAUGAGAUCAGUAGCAGUGAUGAGGAAGAGAGGAGCAGGUCUGCUCUGUGCAAUGGAAAAGGGAAACACUUCAGAGGAAUCCCUGAUGGUAUCGUCCUGCAACCUCACCACAAUCUCCACCAGUCCUCACGGAUGGGUUCAGAUGAUAACUACCUGCUGCCAGACCUUCUGCAGAAAACCUCUCCCUCCAGUCCUACCCGUAAUGCACUGGGGCAACAGCAACACACACAUGAACUCAGCUACUCGCAGUUGCCCACAGCCCCUCGAUGCGCCACACAUCAGGAACUCAAUGCAAAUCUGGCUGCUGGCAGUCCUCAUGGAAAAAACACCUCCUCAUCUUCCUCUUCCUCCUUCUUGUCCUUCAUCGAUCCAAGAUUGAUCCCCAUAUCUUCACCACCACAGAGCCCGACAGGCGGUAAGGAUGAGCCAGUCAAGCGAGAGAACCACAGGAAAGGCUCUGUGGUGAACGUGAACCCGACCAACAUUCGACCACAGAGCGACUCUCCAGAGAUCCGCAAAUACAAGAAGAAAUUCAACACAGAGGUUCUCUGUGCUGGACUAUGGGGUGUGAACUUGUUGGUGGGGACAGAGAAUGGUCUGUGGCUACUGGACCGAAGUGGUCAAGGGAAAGUCUACUCUCUCAUCAGCAGACGAAGGUUUCAGCAGAUGGACGUGCUGGAGGGUCUUAAUGUUCUCAUCACUAUAUCAGGUAAAAAGAACAAACUCCGCCUGUACUACCUGUCCUGGUUGAGGAACAAAAUCCUCCAUAAUGACCCAGAGGUGGAGAAGAGACUAGGUUGGACUUCAGUAGGUGACCUGGAGGGUUGUGUCCACUAUAAAGUGGUGCGUUACGAGAAAAUAAAGUUUCUAGUGAUUGCUCUGAAGAACGCUGUGGAAGUGUACGCCUGGGCCCCGAAACCCUACCACAAGUUCAUGGCCUUCAAGUCAUUCAGAUCUUUGCCUCAAAAACCACUGUCUGUUGACCUGACUGUGGAGGAAGGUCAGAGGUUGAAAGUCAUCUACGGGUCCCUGUCCGGUUUCCACGCCAUUGAUGUCGACUCUGGAACACCAUACGACCUAUACUUGCCUACACAUAUCCAGGGUUCCAUUCGUCCACAUGCCAUCAUUAUUUUGCCAAACAGCGCAGGAACAGAGGUUCUGGUUUGCUAUGAAGACGAGGGCGUCUACAUAGACACCUACGGACGCAUCACCAAGGACACGGUGCUGCAGUGGGGGGAGAUGCCUGCAUCAGUUGCCUACCUUCAGUCUAACCAGGUGAUGGGUUGGGGAGAAAAGGCCAUUGAAUUGAGGUCUGCCAACACAGGAAACCUGGAGGGUGUUUUCAUGCACAAAAAGGCACAAAAACUCAAGUUUCUAUGUGAGAGGAAUGACAAGAUAUUCUUCGCCUCGGUGCAGUCAGGAGGUAGCAGUCAGAUUUACUUCAUGACUCUUGGACAGAACUCGCUGUUCAACUGGUAAUGACUGGAAGGGUGAACUCUCCGAUCAACUGUUGAUGUCUGCCAUGAUCAUGCUGGGUUCUCCCAGUGAUGCCUUUGCAAAUUUGUGUGGGCGGACGUUGAUCUCCAUGGGCAGUAGACACCAUGGAAGGAUCAACUAAAUACUCCUGGAUCCAUUACUCCUGUCUUCUUUUCAUCUCUCCAGCUGCAGAAAAUAAUGCUUGAGCCUGAAACUCUGCUUCUUCAGCUAAACAGCACAAAAAUCAACAUUUUGGUGUCACACCCUUUGUCUGUGAAGAGUCAGAUCACGUGAAAAGCAACGUUGACUUUGCCUUGGAUCUGUCUCGCCCAGAUAUUUGGGUCCUGUUUUAUCAAAAUCUACCUGGAAUCAAACUGAAGGAUUAAUUCAGUUGAUUCCUCAUCAAAGCCACACCACUGGUCAACAUCUGGCCACAACACUCAUCUUUCCAUCUGAACGAAAACAGGAGUGCGUUCAUUUUGUUCCACAUUCAGCACCACUUCAUCUUCCCUGAACCUUUUUUCUAAAGACUUCCAUUGAAACUGUGACUCACUCAUUGUGUGUUGUUUGUCAGUUAUUCACUCAUACUUGCUUCCUCGGCUGUCUAGCAUUACUCGAUCAAAUGUUCUCAUCAAGACGAGAAGCAUUUUGUGCGCUUCUCUACUGUUCCCUGAUCCAUCUUCAUGAAAGCAGUCACUGUGUGCAAAGCAACAAAGACUAGAACGGACGCUGUUUGUCAACCUCAUUCCCGGACAUCAUCUCAUCAUUUCCAAGUCUAUGUAGGGAUCAAAAUGUGGAAUAAUAACAGUAAGUCAUUCCACUUUUUUGUUCUAAUUGCUUUUUUUGUCAAAGGUUUUUCUGGGUGUCAGUGCGCCAUCACGACCCUGUGUCAUUAUAGAUCCAAUCAGUUGUAUUUAACUGUAUCAUUAGCGAUAAUUAUACUGUCCAUACAAACCUAAUAAUGAGAACAAAUGUCAGGAUUAUUAGGUUGAGGGACCAUUGAGAAGAAACAGUUCUCUUAGAUUAUCAGGUCGUGCUUUUCCAAAUUUUCCAAACUGCAAGUUAACUCCUUUCUCAGCUUAGCCUGAAAUCAGCUGCAAAUUAGGCAAAAAAAACAAAGCAAAUAUUAUGGGAUUCCUUGGUACCAUUUCUCUUAGGUCCAAGUGUCAGCAUUCACUCUGUUCACAGAUCUGCUUUAUUGUAUUUUAGUCUUUGUAGAGCUGUUCACUUAACUGCAAGGACUACAUUCUGUAUAAAAGUAUACACAAAUACAAGUUAACUCCAUAUAAACAUGCAGUGGUUGAUGGAGUGUUUGAUAUCUUGGAUCUACUCUUUAAAGCCUAUUAGAUGUACAGUAUAUAAUAUUGUAAAGCACUGUUUUCUAAGUAUUGAAUAAUUGACAAGUCAUUUUAUGUACAGUAUGUUUACAGAACUGUAGGCUUAUGAAUGUGGAAUUCUAUCCCAAAACAGAGUUGUUGUGGUUUUUAAUGGUCUUAUAAAAGCUGUAAGCAUGGACAUGAGCUGUACCGACAGAGAACUUGAAGGCCCAUGUCCAGGUUUAUACACCUGGCUGACAUGUUCAAGAUCAAAUCAUGCUCUUUGCACAAUUGCCACCUUGUACAUGACUUUCUGUAAUAUAUCAUAACCUGACAUGGUUUUUAUGUUUCAACAUAGGAAACGUCUAAAGCCAGCUUGCAGUCAGUAUUUUAGAGAUUACUUUGGCUUCAAACUUGUUUCCUACACAACCCAACAUGGGACACACACUUGAGAUUUUUAUUUUAUUUGUUAACCUGGAUCUGAAGAGAUGAAGUUAGGAUGGAAGGGGUUGUUUUAAUAUGCAGAUUGGUUUUGUUAUUUACACAAUGAUCUUCAAAACAAGAAACCAAAGAUUGAGACUUUGAUACCCCCUUGAAUCUGUGUGAGAAAAAGUUGAAGGGAAAAGUAUACUGUGGAAGGAAGUAUGGCUGAGUGGCAGCAACUAUGGGAUGGGGAGAUGAAAGGAAGGCAUCUACAUGCAAUCCUCAACAGAGGAGGAAUAUGAAAGAGCAGGUCACAGGUGAAAAAUUGGGUAUAGCAUCUUAUGAGGAAACAUCUGACACUGUCAGGCACAUGAGACUGUACAGCACAUACUUAUUGGCUGUAAAAACAAGUGAAUCAGAGAGAAAGGACAUGAUGGAGGUAGUGAGACGAGCAGGGAUGACAGGAAGUUAAGUCUGUGUUUGAGUGUGCUGGGAAUGAGCAGGGUAGAAAGUCACAGAAAGAAUAAUGAAGUGGGUAGAGUUUGUGUUUUGAAGAUGGCAGUGGAUCGUAGAUGCAAGCUCCCAUUAAACCCCAUAGAAGAAGAGGAAAGUUUAAAAUGAACAAAUAACCAUUUAACACCUUAACAAUGUUGAAAUGUUAGAGCCUUAACAAAAUACAAAGGGUAUAUCACAUUAUUAUAAAUGGACAAAAGACUCCAAAACCCAGGACUGAUGCUAAUACUCAACAAAUAUGCAAAUGUAUGUUGCUAGCAGUGUUUUUAUUUGAAUAGCGUCCAUGUAUGUCUAGACUUAAACUGUGUAAAGUCUGGUGGAAGUGAAGAAAUCAUAAUUUUUUUACCUUCAAAUGUGAAUUUUCAGUUUAGUUUCUCAUUAUUUUAUUUUAGACUUUGUUUUCCUUAAUCAAAUGUAGCUUAAAAAGCUAAGUUAGCCAUGCAUUAUUCUCUAUAUGGUUCUCUAUGUGAUAUUUACUCUUGACUAUCGACAACAGCAGUAAAUGUUUUACUUGUAGUGAUGCUUAAAGUUAGAUUUUCAGUGUACAGCUGGUUCUGUCAGACUAAUUUAAACUGGAAACUGUCUUAUUGCUGAGUCGCUGCAUACAGGAACGUACAUUAAUGUUAGCAGGUCUGGUAGCUAACAUGGGCUAAGAUGUCAGAACUAUUUAAGGUUUCUCAUUAUACGGUUUCUCAUUAGCAUGUGGUUAAAACGGUAGCAACCCUCGCAAGUCAAAAUCUAGACUGCUUGCCAUGUGAAGUUGGAACCAAACAAGACUUUUGUGCCCAGUUUAAACCCUGCAGGCUACAAUAUUCCUUUUUUUUUGUUUGUUUUUAAAUCUUGACGAUCCAGAUGUACUGUAUGAUUGAAUAUGAAUUGUCUUUUUUGGUACAGGACUUGUCACGUGUUUAGCUCUGUGCUAGUUUGUGGUCAGCUUUGGUCUGCAUGGUCUGUCCAAGAUCCUGACCAAGGACCUGGCCAUUUAAGAGUCCACACAGAACAAAAGACCAAAUCAAAAUUAGUCCACAAUUAAUACAGUGACUCCACGAACAUCCUCAGUGUAUGUUCUAAAAAGUUUUUCAUUAAUCACAUGAUCGAGUUUGUAUAAAUGAUCAUGACAAUUUACAAGUUUUAAAAUACACCAAUAAUGUGUUUUUAAAACCAUAAUAAUGUACAAUUAUAUUAUAUUGCCAGAUUGUAUCGUGAUUUGGACCAACAUGUUUUCUUUAGACAAAUAACAACAACAGGUUGGUUAUUUUAGGGGAGCAAUGUUACAUUUCCUGUACAACUGAAAUUUAUCAAAUAGUUUUAUAUUUUUAUCAACACACUUUUAAUAGUGUGAUCUGUAUCUUUCUUCCUGCUGCUUCAAGACAUGGCAGAAAUCAGCUUAAGCCAUCGUCACACAUAUAUUUUGUGAGUUUGGAUAAAAAAUCAUUGAGAAGAAUUUCAGAGAGAGAUUUAUCACUUCCUCCUACACCUUCCACUUUAUGAGAUAAUGAUGGAUUCUGUUUCAGUCUCGCUGUGACUCACUUCUCCAACUCUCCCACUUUGUCAACACACCCCAUCUCUCUGCUGAUUGUUUUUCAUUCCUUCAGCUCUCUCCUCUGCACAUCUGCAUCUUCUUGUUCUUUACUCCCUCUCACCAUUCUCCACAUCUUUGCUCUCCUCUCUUAUUUUCUCUGAAGCUUGACGUUGUCUCUACUUUUCCUGCUUCUACUCUGGAGCACAGUGAUUCCCAAGGUCUGGCUUAGGGCCCUCAUAUGGGUAUAGGGGAUUUUUUGGGGGGGUCCACAAACAAAUGUGCUUAAGAUUUGUGGGUAUUACUUAAAUAACAUGCAUUAAAUCAAGCUUGCCAACAGAUAUGGCUGCAAAUGAGUCACUACAUUAUGCAGAAAUGUUGCUCUCAUCAUGAUCGAUUGCCACCUUUAAAAAGUGGGUUGUCAGUGUUAGAAGUAUGGAGACCCACAACGAAGAUCAGCCUUGGUGAUUCACGUCACCUCACGUUUCCAUGUUUUCCAUCAGAUUCUCUCCUUUGAAGCACAACAUUAUCCAUCUAUAUCUCAUCAAAAACUUCUGCAGAAUCUACAAAUGUCAGUGUAUCAAGAAAACCACACAAGUGAUUUUGUUGUUUUUGAAGUAGCAUGAAGUGUAAUACAGGGGGGGAAAAGGAACACAAUUGACCCUAAGUUUUAGUUGUGUGUUUAAAUGUUUAUGUAACUUGUGGCUGUUACAGUAGAAAAAGUUACAAAAUUAGUUCACACAAUUAUUAAUAUUUGUCCUAAACAUUAGCCACUGCAUUAGCUCCUGGUCAUACAAGACCGAGUAAGUCUGUAGUGAAA